CUUUCUUUCACGCGACCCUUCGGUGCGAUACUUCCUUGUCUUUAAAACAGCUCUUGAGCGAAUCCUUGGAAGCACUGCAAAGAUGCCCAGGGAAGACAGGGCCUCGUGGAAGUCCAACUAUUUUAUGAAAAUCAUCCAACUCCUGGAUGACUACCCAAAAUGCUUCAUUGUCGGAGCAGACAAUGUGGGUUCCAAGCAGAUGCAGACCAUCCGCUGUUCUCUGCGUGGCAAAGCUGUGGUGCUGAUGGGUAAAAACACCAUGAUGCGCAAAGCUAUCCGUGGCCACCUGGAGAACAACUCUGCUUUGGAGAAGCUCCUGCCCCAUAUUAAAGGAAAUGUUGGUUUUGUCUUCACCAAGGAGGAUCUGGCAGAAGUUAGGGACAUGCUAUUGAACAACAAGGUGCCAGCUGCUGCCCGUGCUGGAGCCAUCGCCCCCUGUGAUGUGACUGUGCCUGCCCAGAAUACUGGGCUGGGUCCCGAGAAGACCUCUUUCUUCCAGGCUCUUGGCAUUACCACCAAGAUCUCCAGGGGCACCAUUGAAAUCCUGAGUGAUGUCGGCCUCAUAAAGACUGGCGACAAGGUUGGUGCCAGUGAGGCCACGCUGCUCAACAUGCUGAACAUCUCCCCUUUCUCCUAUGGACUCAUCAUCCAACAAGUGUAUGACAACGGCAGUGUCUACAGCCCUGAUGUGCUUGAUAUCACUGAGGCCUCUCUGCAUGCCAGGUUCCUGGAGGGUGUGAGGAACAUCGCCAGUGUGUGUCUUCAGAUUGGCUAUCCUACACUUGCCUCUGUGCCCCAUACUAUCAUCAAUGGCUACAAGAGGGUCCUGGCUGUCGCUGUGGAGACGGAUUAUUCUUUCCCUCUGGCAGACAAGGUUAAGGCCUACCUGGCUGACCCAUCUGCCUUUGCUGCUGUAGCAGCACCAGCAGCAGCUGCGACUUCUUCUGCAGCUCCAGCAGCUGCUGCAAAGGAAGAAGUCAAGGAGGAGUCUGAGGAAUCAGAUGAUGACAUGGGCUUCGGGCUGUUUGACUAAGUGUCAUGGAUUGACUAGUCAAUAAAGUGUCAAAACAUGGA